AUGGAUAUACUUUCUUCUUAUUUAAGCAACACAUUUAGUAGUAGCUCUCCAACAAAGAAUAACAGUAGCAGCAUGCUUACGAUCGAUACAAACAACAAUACAAAUAUACACUCACCACCUACACAAGUCUACUAUACAAUUGAAGAUGUUAAGAAACACAACAAAGCAAACGAUCUGUGGAUGGUCCUUUACGAUAAAGUUUAUAAUUUAACAGAGUUUCUCAACGAACAUCCCGGUGGUAGUAUUUUAUUGAAAAAACAAAGCAAAGCAAACUUGUUACCUUUACCAAAAUGGUUACAAGUCAAUCAAACAUCAAUUACCACCAACACCAUUGAUAUUAUUUGA